AUGUGUCCCUGUGUUCCUGUGUCCUUGUGUCCUACUGUGUCCCUGUGUCCUACUGUGUGCCCUGUGUUCCUGCACUGUGUGUCCCUGUGUUCCUGUGUCCUUGUGUCCUACUGUGUGUCCCUGUGUCCUACUGUGUGUCCCUGUGUCCUUGUGUCCUACUGUGUGUCCCUGUGUCCUACUGUGUGUCCCUGUGUUCCUGUCCUGUACUGUGUCCCCUGUGUUCCUGUGUUCCUGUGUCGUUGUGUCCCACUGUGUGUCCCUGUGUCCUACUGUGUGCCCCUGUGUCCCUAUGAUCCUGUGUCCCUAAUGUCAUAUACUGUGUCCUUGUUUCCCACUGUGUGUCCUUGUGUCCUACUGUGUGUCCCUGUGUCCUACUGUGUCCCUGUGUUCCUGUGGUCCUUGUGUCCUACUGUGUGUCCCUGUGUCCUACUGUGUCCCUGUGUUCCUGUGUCCCUGUGUCCUACUGUGUGUCCCUGUGUUCCUGUGUCCCACUGUGUAUCCCUGUGUUCCUGUGUCCCACUGUGUGUCCCUGUGUCCUAUUGUGUGUCCAUGUGUCCCACUGUGUGUCCCAAUGUGUGUUCCUGUGUCCUACUGUGUCUCUGUGUCCUACUGUGUUCCUUGUGUCCCACUGUGUGUCCCUGA